CUACCGGAAGAAUGGUGUUUUGGAGGACGCUUUGCCCACUGUCUGCUUUGCGUUUUGAAUGAGAUGGUAGCUAGCUACGUAAACUAUAUGUCACAAUAUCCAUAAACCACAAUUUCGACGAAUAUUUGGAUUCUCACAUGAAAAAAGCCAUGAGGACCCGGUCAAUCUCACCGCCCCUACAUGUGCAUGUGAAUGAGACUACGCCUGUGCACGUGCAUGUGAAAAAGAGCAGGAGCCCUUCCAGGACACCACAGGGUAAGACCAAGGGUGAUGGAGGGAUCCUGCGACCUACUGCAAAGGUGAAGACACGGGUACCAUGGAUACCGCCUGGGAAGGCCUCAAUGCGGGAUGCCUCUUACAAAUGGGAGGGGCCGACUCAUCGCCUGGAGAUCACACCAUUACCUGAGCCCGAGACCUCCCACUCUCCCCUGCGAUUGGCCGACCUGUCGUCAGAGGAGGAGGAAGUGCUGCAUGGACGAAUCAACCAGUACGAGAGGAAGAUUGACAGCCUGAUGACUGAGGUCAGCUCGUUGAAGAGUGAGGUGGAGCUGCGGAGGAAGGAGCAGCUGUUGGAGCGCCAGUCGGAGAAGCUGAGCGCCUCCCAGCGGGUCAUCGAGGAACAGGAGGAGGAGCUAGCCGAGGUGUCCAAGGAGCUAGAGGUCACGGAGAGGGAAAACUCCCGCCUGCGCCACUCCAUGGAGAAGAUGUUGGAGGAGACGGACUGCACCAGCAGAGUGGAGAGGUCUAUGGAGUCGAUUCUGCUGGAGAAGGACACCCUGCUCAGGAAGCUGAUGGAGGCAGAGAUGGACGGCAUGGCUGCUGCCAGGCAGGUGUCAGCCCUGAGAGAGACCGUCACCAAGAUGAGGAGCUCCAGCGCCAGUAGAAUGUCGGGGUCUGAGUCUUCAUUCCUGGCGCGUCAGAAGGAGUUGCUGCUCCAAAAACUGGAAACAUUUGAGUCCACCAACCUCACUCUCCGCCACCUACUGAGGGAACAGCAUGGACGUGAGGUGGAAUCCAUGAGGAUUUCAGAGCAGAAAGAUGUACUUCUGAAGAGGCUGGCGAACACAGAGGCAGAAAACUCGCAUCUUGUUUUGAAACUUCAAGAGAAAGAGAGGGAGGUUAAUCAACUGACUACACUUAUGGACACUGAGAAGGAGAAUGCUAAGACCACAGGCGAGCUGUCUAAAGUACUGGAGUCUACUCGGGCCCAUUUGCAGAGCCAGUUACGCAGCAAAGAGGCCGACAACAACCGUCUUGCUGUGCAAAUCAAGAACUUGGAGCGUGCGGCCAACCAGCAGCAGGGAGAGAUGGAUCACCUGCUGGAGCAGCUGCGGGGUCUGAAACUUCAGGCGGAGUCCAACAAAGAAGCCCUGAAGAGGGCUACGCGGGCCCAGAAACACCGGGCGGAGCGCAGUGAAGACACCGUCGGUCAGCUCAGAGCUCAGCUACUGGACAUGGAGAACCAGAUGGCAGAGGCCCUAUCAGCAGUAGAGAAUUGGCGUGGUCGCCACGCCCAGGAAAUGAAGGACAAGACUCAGCUAGAUAUGGAGGUCUCAGUCCUCAACAGCCGAGUGUCAGACCUGACAGAGCAACUCCAUGGGACCGAGGACAAGGCGCGGGCCGAGAGAGAGGGGCUCCUGGACCGCCUGCACGGCCUCACCACAGAGGGCACCCACGCCAAGCUAGAGAACCAGAGCCUCAAGGCCAUGUUGUCUGCAGUGGAGGAGAAGCUGACUCUGUCGCAGUCAGAGGUACAACACGUCAAAGCCUCUGUGAAGCAAUACGAGAGCCUAGUGGACAACUACAAGACCCAGGUGGUGAAGACACGGGCGGAGGCGGACGAGUACUGUGCCAGGCUGGGACAAGCGGAGCGAGAGGCGCGGGAGGUCCGGGACCAGCUGGAGAGCGAAGUGGAGGCGGUGCGCAGGGAGCUGCUGGGCCGGCUGACUGAGCUGGAGCCUCUUCCUGAGGCACUGCGGCGUUCUGAGGUCCUACUGGAAGAAGCUCAGGACAGAGAACAUGCCCAGGAGAGACGUAGCACUGAGCUGAGUAUCGUCCUGGCUGACCUGCGCAUAAAGGUGGAGCAGCAGGGCAGCCAGGUGGAGCUGCUGAGACAGAAAAAGUCUGUCCUGUUGGAGGAGAACAAACAGCUGCAGCACCGUGUGGAGAAUCUGGAGAGGAAGCUAGAGGAGGCCACUUGUCAGAACAGAGACCUGGUGGGGGUGAUCGCCAAGCGGGAGGAGACCAUCCAUGGCAAUCAGCUCCGGCUGGAGGAGAAGUCCCACGAGUGCACGCACCUGACCCGCCAGCUGGAGGAGGCCUUGGAUGAUGCCCGGCGCCAGGUGUCCCAGACCCGGGAACGUGCGAUCACCAAAGAGCACUCCACCCAGUCCAAGGUGGUGGACCUGGAGACCCAGCUAAGCAGGACCACCACAGAACUCACCACCCUCCGCCGCAGCAAAGAGGAGAAUUGCUGUGGCGUGUGUCUGUCUGCGUGUGGUGCACCUCCGCCACCCUCAGGCAGAGCGGAGGUACCAGUCCCGCCUUCAGGAUGUGAAGGAUCGUCUGGAGCAGUCGGACAGCACCAACAGGAGUCUGCAGAACUACGUCCAGUUCCUCAAAGCCUCUUAUGCCAACGUGUUCGGAGACUCGGCCCUCACCAGCACUCUGCGGGACCCUUCUCCCAUCUGAGGGGACUCUCCGCAAAGAUUCUCUCAGAAAACACACACCGACACUACGCACACGCACACACAAAUACGCACACCCCAUUCGAGGAAACUCUUCCGCAAAGAUUCUCUCGGAUCACACACACACACAUCAUUAUCCAGGUCUAUACUCAGAGCUCUUUUCAACUAGAUUCAAUGUUGAUUUUGUGGGUGAAUAUGUUACAAUUAUACAUUAUAUCAAUAUGGUUUCAAUUAUACAAUAUCAAUAAUGUUACAAUAUAAGACAUCAAGUUUACACAGCCUUUACGUCCAGCUUGUCUGCAUUAAUUACAGUUGUCCUAUAGUUGUUCACAUCCUUCUGACUUCAUUAUGUUUGCAGUUCUACUGUUAAUGAUGUCUCGGCAUACUGUAUCAUUCUGUACCUUACUAUACAACAGCAUGUAACCACACACCUAACAAAUGUAAUGUACCAAAACAUAGCUGUCCAACAGAUCUGGGACUUGUCAUAUUAGAGUUAUAUACCUUGGCUAUUUUUCAUCUUAUCAUAUUACGGAAUUGUUUCAAUGGUGCUAUGAUUGGUUAGCCUCGACCCAGAUCUGUUUGUGCUAUCGUGUCAACUCCUGUUUGGAAUGACAAGGAGUGGCAUGAUGACACAAACAGACUGGUACCCAGGCUAAUGAUGGUGCUAUCUGCUAAACAGAGCCAUAUCAAUGAAACCAAUUAUUUAGUUUGGUUUGUUUGCUGUUUAUUUGUGUCAGUAUUUGUCUAAAAUGUGAUACCCAUGAGAGAAAUCAACAGUGAAGGAGUUGUGCUCUUGGCAAUAAUUUAAAUAUUUCUGCUUUAAUUAUGAAAUAGGAUAUAUAUAUUUGUAAUGGCCAUUUUAUAUACCUUGAACGUGUAUAAAGUUGUAUUGAGUUGCAAUAAAGCAAUUUCAUCAAGAA